AAAUUUAGUCUAGAAAAUCGGAACAAUUGAUAAUUUCCGCUCGAUUUGAACCCUAACCGCAUUCCUGUCUAUGCUUCUUUGCUCGUCGAUGAUGCUGGUGUCUUCUUCGUUGGGCGCUGCUUAUGCGUGGGUAUCCAUACCAAAGGUGUAAAAGUGUAAAAGUCAACAAGAAUAUCCUAAUAAGAUGGACAGAAUUAGCAAGCUUCCUUUAGGCAUAAUAGAAACCAUCUUAUGUUUCCUACCGAUUCAAGAGGCAGCAAGGACAAGCAUCCUCUCUAGGGAAUGGAGGUACCUUUGGACAAAAAUUCCUAAUCUUGUGUUUAUUGAGAAGAAUUUUCAAGUGUCGACCGAUCGGACCGACGGGGCUGAGCUGUCUCUUUAUAACAAACCAAGUAAAAGGAGAAAAAUGUCCAAGAAAAGUAAAUUUAUCGAUGCUAUAUACCAGGUUCUGUUAAUACAUGAGGGUCCGAUCCAUGAGUUCACCCUUGAUAUGCAAGUGGAUGACUCGGGUGUUGAGAUUGAUCAUAUACUACUUCAUUUGUCGAAGAAAAAAACUCUCAAGAUGUUAAAUCUUGAUAUUAUUGGUGAUGGCUAUGAGGGGUAUGUGUUGCCCAUUUCUCUCUUCUCGUUACAUCAACUAACGGAGUUGUAUCUCAAUGAUUGUGCUCUUUUCCAUGAGCGUCCAUUCACUGAAUUUAGUUGCCUUACAACCUUAUAUUUGAACGGUCUCUCGACAUAUGACACAACGCUUCUGCGUCUCUUAUCAAGUUGUCCGGUACUUAAGAGAUUGAUGCUCUAUUGUGACGGUGGAACUAUCUCAGAUAGUCGACGUACAACCAUUGUUGAUUUAUUCAAGUGUGUACCAAUGAUUGAAUUUCUCUCUGUUAGGUUUUUCAUCGUGACGUGUUUUGUUCCAGAGAGACUUUCGAAAGUGCUCCCAACAGCAUUGGUCGACUUGAAAUACUUGUGUAUGGAUCACUUUUGCUUUAGUCACAAAUACGGGUUACCUUUUCUCGCUCUUUUGAUUAGAAGCUUCCCAAACCUGGAGAAAUUUAAGCUAGUGAUGUAUGAAGACUAUUGGCUUGACGAAGAUGAAAUGGGCGCCUAUACACUAGAAGAUUAUUCAGAUAUUAUGUUGGAGAAUCUGAACGAAUUUCAUAUUUUGAAUUAUAGAGAUGCAGAGGAUGAGUUGGACUUUGUGAAGUUUAUUGGCCAAGUCACCUGUACUUAAGAAGGUGGGCGUAUUCCCAUGUGUUAAGUUUGAUGAAGAAGAAGAAUCGAAGAUUUUAAAAAGCCUUUCGCUUUCUCCAUGCGCAGCACCGGUAGGAGAAGUCGUCAUAUAUUUGGAGCCUAAUUAGUCGUGUGUUUUUGUUAUGUUCUUUCUGACUGUUUUUGUUAUGUUCUUUUUGACUGUUUUUGUGAAUUGAACAAAGUUGUUUCGAUCUGCAUGAUGUUUUCAGAUGGAUUUAA